CUAUCGCCGUUUUAUUCAAGACGUUAAACCCUUGAAAAUCCUAACUCGCCAUUUCCCGUCAUUUUGGAAAAGCUAGCACUGCAAACCGGCUGUCGGAAGCUCUGGGUAAACAAAUGCCUAUCAAGUUUCUGCCACAGGUUCGUCUUCUCAGCCUGUCUCUACCGGUCACCCGUUUCCCCUCUAUGAGACCUGGAGCCUCCAUUGGCUCUAACGGGUCCAUGCGCGUUUUAAAUAGGGUAUUCCCUUUUAAACUCAAAUUCAUUGGCUUAUCACCUGGCUUUAACGGACAUCUCGGUGUGCGGAGCCUCUCCACCAGGUCGUGUCGACCUAAGCCCGGGUCAAGCUCCGAGUUCACUCGUAAAGACAGGGGAGAUGUCCUUACCUCGAAGAGUCUGAUCGAGGACGAGGCAGAACUCAGUGACUGGGUCGGCGAGUUGAGAACCGACUCGUUCCGUGGUCGACUCACUAGUGAAGACGAGGAGUUAGAUGCGGAUAGAGCACGUAAUAGAGUUAGGAGUAGAGAUAGAGAGAGAAAUAGGGGCUCCGUGAAGAGGAGAAGAGAGAGUGAGUUCGACAAUUUUCGUGAGUCGAACAGGAGGGGAACUCGGUGCAACCCGGGCGAUUCUUUUUCGAGGAAUUCUCGGUUCAGUAAACGGUUUGAUAGUGAAUUAGAAGACGAAGACAAUGAUGACGAUGAGGAGGAGGAGGAAUCUUACUCGAGGAGAAAAACUCGGGGGGCAAAAAGAGAGAAUAAAAAUGUGGAUUCAUGGAAAGGAAGGGGGAACGAGAGGGGUUUGAAUUCAAGAAAUAUGGGGAACGGAAGAAGAAAUUUGGGAACAAAAUCAAACUUUCGGAAAGAUAAAGAUGAUGAUGCUAAUGACUUUGAAGAAGAAAGAGGGAGGGUAAUAAGAGCUACUGCAAAUUUUCUUAGCGAGGAAGAUAGUGAUAUUAAUGAUGAUGAAGAUGAUGAUGAUGAUGUAGUUUUUCGGAAGACUGCGAGUUCCGCACUUGGAUUGGAUAAGGAUGUUAGGCAAACAGGGAGUCCGAGAAGUUCACCAGGGAAAUCUGAUUCUUAUUUGAGUGAAUCAAGAUUUGAUCAAUUUUCACUAUCUUCCUUGUCACUAAAGGGAAUUAAGGAUGCUGGCUAUGAGAAGAUGACCGUGGUACAGGAGGCUACUCUUCCAGUUAUACUCAAAGGCAAGGAUGUACUGGCCAAGGCCAAAACGGGCACGGGAAAGACAGUAGCAUUUUUGCUUCCAUCGAUUGAAGUUGUUUCAAAGUUGCCUCCUAUUGAUCGCGAUGUAAAGCGGCCACCAAUUCAUGUACUUGUAAUAUGCCCAACUCGAGAACUUGCAAGUCAAGCUGCUGCAGAAGCUAACACCUUGUUGAAGUAUCAUUCUUCUAUUGGUGUUCAAGUUGUCAUUGGAGGUACAAGACUUGCUUUAGAGCAAAAACGCAUGCAAGCAAACCCUUGCCAGAUUCUUGUCGCUACACCUGGAAGGCUCAGAGAUCAUAUUGAGAAUACUGCAGGAUUUGCAACAAAGCUGAUGGGUGUGAAGGUCCUUGUACUUGAUGAAGCAGAUCAUUUAUUAGACAUGGGUUUUCGUAAAGACAUCGAAAGGAUAAUUGCUGCUGUUCCAAAGCAACGGCAAACACUAUUAUUUUCUGCUACAGUUCCUGAAGAGGUCCGUCAAAUCUGCCACAUUGCAUUGAGAAGAGAUCAUGAAUUCAUCAAUACCGUUCAAGAAGGCAGUGAGGAGACUCAUUCACAGGUCAGACAAAUGCACAUGGUUGCUCCACUAGACAAGCAUUUUUCCCUGCUGUAUGUUCUUCUUAAAGAACAUAUUGCAGAUGAUGUUGACUACAAGGUUCUUGUAUUCUGCACUACUGCUAUGGUAACGAGACUGGUAGCUGACCUUCUUGGUGAGCUGAACCUGAAUGUUAGAGAGAUACAUUCAAGAAAACCUCAGAGUUAUAGAACCAGGGUAUCUGAUGAAUUCCGCAAGUCAAAAGGUCUUAUUCUUGUGACAUCUGAUGUAUCUGCUCGUGGGGUUGAUUAUCCUGAUGUUACACUUGUUAUACAGGUGGGCUUGCCAGCCGAUAGACAACAGUAUAUACAUCGGCUAGGUAGAACCGGGCGUAAGGGUAAAGAAGGGCAAGGUAUACUCUUGCUAGCACCAUGGGAGGAAUACUUUGUAUCUAGCAUCAAGGAUUUGCCAAUAACAAAGGCUCCUUUGCCUUUGGUGGAUCCAGACACAAAGAAAAAGGUGGAACGGGCACUUUCCAAUGUUGAGAUGAAAAACAAGGAAGCUGCAUAUCAGGCAUGGCUUGGUUAUUACAAUUCCACUAAGAACGUAGGCAGGGAUAAGUAUAGACUUGUGGAGCUUGCAAACGAGUUCAGUAGAAGCAUGGGUCUCGAUAAGCCUCCUGCAAUUCCCAAGCUCGUCAUUAGCAAGAUGGGCCUAAGGAAUGUCCCUGGUUUGCGUUCCAAAUAGAUCUGGAGCUUAACCAGUGAUUCAUUUGCAUCAAUUGUCAGUUCACAUCACCCUUGAAUAUUCCUAUAGAAGAUGAUUGUAGGAAAUUCCUUUUGCAGAUCACCAGAUAUACAAAAUUAAUAACAUUGUCUUCAAAAUUUUCUUAGUGAUAUAUUCAGAUUAAUGUGUCUCA